AUGCUCAACGUUUCGCAACUGUCUCGGACCGACAUCCUCAAGGCAGCUGCCGAUUUUUCAACGGGUGACAGGGAAGUGAGCGACAUUUUCCCCAUUCUUCUUCUACUGGACAUGAGCCAGGGGCCUGUCUUGAGGAGGGCAAUCAGUAGCACGAUGAAUGCAAAAAGCAUCUUCGAUACGUGCGAUCGAGAUCACGAUGGCUUCGUCAGUCUGGAAGAAUUGACGGCUUUCAUCAAAACCACUGAGCAGGUGCCAAGUUCGGCACCGUUGACGCCGAUCAUCAUCAACAAUUACGAGCGCUUCGAUCAGAACCAUGACAAUCGGCUGGACUUUGAAGAAUUCGUCGAAAUGAUCACCAACGACACCUUCUUGAAAGACUUUACCAAUCUGGGAAAUCGGUACGUGAAAUUCCUGGUGGUGCCCGUAUGUCGCACGAAGCGCAUCACCAAGGUGCAACUGCAACGGAUGCACACCAUCACUGGCAUGUACGAGAACGAGGUCAAAUUCAAAGCGACGGACAUCGGGAUGAUCAUGCUGUCCCUCAUCCAGAUCAUUCUAUUCUACACCAGCUUCAAAGACCAGCUGGUGUUCAAGCACGACAAGCGCCAACAAGUGUGGCGCUACGUCACCUACAUGUUCACCCAUAACUCACAGUUCCAUUUGUUCGAAAACGUCGCCAUCCAGCUGUUGGUGGGCCUCCCACUCGAGAUGGUGCACAGUUGGCGGGUGCUCAUCAUUUACUCGGCAGGUAUUCUAGGGGGCGCUCUCUUCCAAUCGGUGAUUUACCCUUACGAAGACCUGGCGGGGGGGAGUCCCGGCGUCUACUCGAUUCUCACCGCCCACAUAGCGACCGUCAUCAUGAACUGGCGCGAAAUGAGCCAACCGGUAGUCCAGUUGAUCAUCUUCGGCACGUUCUCGGUCUUCGACACCAUCUACAACUACAUCACUAUCCGAAACAGCGACGAGAUCAGCUACAUUUCCCAUCUGGGGGGCGCCGUCUGCGGCCUACUGGUAGGCGUCAACAUUCUGCGCAACCUGCGGGAAACCAGCGCCGAAAAGAUCAUCUGGUGGAUAUGCAUUGUGCUGUACUUUGGCAUCAUGGGCACUUUUAUCGGUUUAGAAUUGAGGCUAAACCUCUUCAAAGGCGCUCAGCCCACUCGGUGA